AUGGGGUGCGGGACUGGUACGGCUCUUUUGGUUAUAACCAGUGUUAUUAUUUUAGCGGAUUCCGUAUUGCUGGAUAUAGGAAAAACCAAAGAAUUAGAAACAGUCAUCAAAGAUGACACUUUCAUUGUGUCCAUGAGGCACCUGAAACCGCGCAAGCGAUCAAGGGGAUUAGAAGAAACGAUUUUUGCAGUAGAUUUUCCCGAAAGCGAUAACAAAUUUUCUUUACUGCUCGACAGGAAAGUGAAGAAAGUGAUCGUGGAAACGUUGGAAGAUGGCCGAAAAAGAUCCCAACACUUUAUAGUAGACUUUUUGAACGAAGACACUAUCAUAAAAUCGCUCAUAUUGGAAAUCAAUCAGAUCCAACCCGGAGCUCACGCCACCUUAUAUUUGGACUGCACUUCCUACGGAAUGGUGGCCCUUCCGAAGACUCUUAGAGAAAUGUUCCACAGCCAAGAUCACAGGAAAUUAGAAGUGUACCACGAGCGAAAGUACCAAAUAGAAAUCGACGGGCACCACCGAGACCUGAGGAUGGUGCUGAGCAGAAACGAAUGCCCCCUAUCCUUCCAGGCGAACGAGACCAAAAUUUGGGACGGGUACCUCGACGAUUUGAGCAACAAUCUCAACGACGAUCCCAACAUUCAGGCGCAACAGCCCGAGUACGACCCGUACAGAGACCCGUACCGCGGCGACAUCCCUCUCGUUUCCAAACUAGAGGACGCCGGAAUUCUAAACGCCCUGAACUCGCUCAUCAAAGUCGUCAAUCUGGAGGUGAGGAGGUGCGAGGAGAGCGCCCGAGCCGUCCAAGAACUCCGGCGAUUGAUCGAGGAGUGCGAACUGUGCAAGUCUCAAAGUUACAGGAGACCCACCUGCGCCACUCACCCGCCCAGGUGUGCUCCUGGAGUCAGAUGCAUCGACACAGCCGAUGGUCCUAGAUGCGACCGUUGCCCACCCGGUACCAUCGGCGAUGGGUACACUUGCAAGCCGGGUCGUACCUGCAACGAUCGUCCUUGCUUCCCGGGGGUUCGUUGCGAGGAUACGGCUACAGGAUACAGAUGCGACCGUUGUCCCGGAGGAUACGAGGGGGACGGUGAGAGAUGUACGAGGGUGAAUCCCUGCCAGUACAAUCCUUGCGCUCCAGGAACGGCUUGUUAUCCCACCGAAGAAAGCCCGUACUAUCAGUGCUCGGGCUGCCCGGCGGGAUUCACGGGAAACGGCACCAGCUGCUAUGACAUAGACGAGUGCGACCUGGUCCAACCUUGCGAUCCGCGGGUCACCUGCCACAACCUGCGACCCGGCUACCGGUGCGACCCUUGCCCGCCCGGCUUCCGCGGGGAAUCCGACGUCAGGGGCACGGGCGUGGAGGAAGCCGAACGCCGGAGACAACGCUGCAUCGACAUCGACGAAUGCGCCGAAGGAAGAACCUGCGUCGAACAUUCCGAAUGCAUCAACACUGAGGGUUCGUAUCGCUGCGGACCUUGCGAGUACGGCUACUUCGGCAACCAGUCAAUGGGCUGCCACCAAGGAGAAGGGUACUGCCCCAGCGGGCACCAGUGCGACCGGAACGCCAGAUGCCAGGACCUGGGGUACGGCCGGCACGGUUGCAUCUGCGUCACGGGGUACGCUGGAAACGGCGUUUACUGCGCAAGAGACACGGAUUUGGACAGGUGGCCCGACGUCGACUUGCCCUGCUCGGAUUUGUACUGUAGAAAAGAUAACUGCGUGUAUACUCCGAACUCGGGACAGGAGGAUACUGAUAACGAUGGUAUAGGCAACGCCUGCGAUGACGAUCCUGAUAACGAUCACAUCACGCAUCGCGAUAAUUGCCCGUUGCAUCCCAAUCCCGACCAGCUGGACUCCGACGGGGAUGGCAUUGGCGACGUUUGCGAUAAUUGCCGUUACGUUAAGAAUUCCGAUCAAAGAGAUGUAGAUAGGGACAAUGAAGGGGACGCUUGUGACAAUGAUAUUGAUAACGAUAAUAUUCCAAACGAGCGGGACAAUUGCCCCGAAAUUCCCAACGCAGAUCAAUCGGAUAGAGACGGUGAUGGAAUCGGUGAUGUUUGCGAUAAUUGCCAAUCCGCUUAUAAUCCAGGACAAGAGGACGAGAACGAGAACAACGUUGGAGAUGUUUGCGAUUCCCCUAUAGACACUGAUAAAGACGGAGUGCCGGACGCGCACGACAACUGCCGCUUGAUCCCGAACCCGAACCAACUGGACACGGACCGGGACGGUAAAGGGGACGUCUGCGAUAACGACAUCGACGACGACGGCGUGCCGAACAUCCGCGACAAUUGCGUGUACGUCUACAAUCCCGAUCAAUUGGACAGCAACGGCGACGGCAUCGGCGACCGGUGCUUCAACGAUACCGACGACGAUCAGGUGAUCAACGAGAAGGACGUCUGUCCCACCAACAAGCUGAUCUUCCAGACGGACUUCAGCAAAUACCAGACGGUCGUGCUGGAUCCGGAGGGCGAAACGCAAACGGACCCCAUCUGGGAGAUCUACAACCACGGCGCGGAAAUCGGCCAGACGGUCAACAGCGAUCCCGGACUGGCCGUGGGCCACGACAAGUUCACCGGCGUGGACUUCGAGGGCACCUUCUUCGUCGACUCCGAAGUCGACGAUGACUACGUCGGAUUCGUCUUCGGCUAUCAAAGCAACAGGAAAUUCUACACGGUGAUGUGGAAGAAGAACCCGCAGCUGUACUGGGAGAACGAACCGUUCAGGGCGUUCGCGGAGCCGGGCAUACAAAUCAAGGUGGUGGAUUCGGAGACCGGGCCCGGGGAGAUGCUGAGGAACUCGCUUUGGCAUACGGGCGAUACUCCCAACCAAGUGAGGUUGCUGUGGAAGGAUCCCAGGAACAUCGGGUGGAAGGAGAGGGUGUCGUACCGUUGGUUUUUGAUCCACAGGCCCCACAUCGGGCUCAUCAGAUUGAAGAUCUUCGAUGGGGACCAGAUGGUGGCGGAUUCCGGGAAUAUCUUCGAUACUACUCAUUCGGGAGGGCGAUUGGGCGUGUUGUGUUUCUCUCAGGAGAUGAUUAUUUGGUCUGAUUUGGUGUAUAGAUGUAACGAUAAUUUGAGAGAAGAAAUUUGGAGGGAAUUGUCGCCGAGAUUACAAAGUAAAGUUAAAAUCGACAAUAUUGGUUCUUACAAUGUCAGAAAACCUGAUGUUCAUUAG